AUGGAUGACUCGGCGCGCACAAGAUGCGACGCGAUGAUGAAGGACGUGGAGAACGCCUGCGGCGAGAUGCUCCUCUCGCCGGACUGGACGCUCAACAUGCAGAUCGUGGACGACCUUAACCGUGAGCAGGACCCCGUCGUGCUGACCGAAGUGAUUCGAAUCCUGCGCAAGAAGCUAGGGUCAAGCAACACGAUGGUCUUGUCCGUGGCACUAACGCUAGCCGAGACGCUGGUGAAGAACUGUCACGAUCCAGUCCACAGAGAGAUCGCGUCGGAGAGGUUCAUGGCCGCUGUGGCCAAAAUUGCUAGGACCUAUUCCUUCAAGACGAACCGGCAGAGCUUGGCGAUCGCGGACCAAUCCCUGGACAUCAUCCAGGCCUGGGGAGAAGCGUUUCUGCCUCGACGGCGGGAGUUCCCUCUUUUCGUCGAAACCUACCACGAGCUCAGAGCGGAAGGGCUGCCUUUCUCCGCCCAGUACCAGUCCGACCGACCUCCGGUGCUAGACCCUGGCGCGGGCAGCCUGCUCGAUAGGCCCGACGGGCAAGCGGCGGCGACGGCGACGGCGACGGCUGCAGGCGUGGUGGUUGCGACAGCGUUGCCGCAGGGCGGGGAGAGGGCGGGAGCGGGAGCGGGAGCGGGAGCGGGGGCGGGGGCGGGGGCGGGGUCAUCUUCUCCGAAUGAUCUCCGGGAGCUCUCCGUCUCCGACCGGGAGAUCGUGGCGACAGGAGCGUCGUGUUCGGAGAUGCUGGAGCAGGUGCUUCAAGCGGCGGAGUCUCGCGCCGAGGUGCGGGACUCGGACAUCACGGCGGAAGUGGUCGAGCAGCUCAAGCAGACGGGGCCCAAGAUUUCCGGCAUCAUCGAGGCCAACGGAGAGGGCGAUCCUGCAAUGCUCGAGGCCCUCUUCAAGUCGGUGCCGCUCUUGCCGCCCUCCAGCUACUCCUCCAACAUCGGCGCGAUUUCCGGAAGGAUGGAAGGCCUCUCGGUUGGGCAGGUUGCGGGGGCAAGAGCCGCGGCCUCGAAGUUGAAGAAGACGGCGGCGGUGCCAACCCUGUCGCGCCCCCCCUCCGACCGAAAGCGGGGGGGAGGGGACACCACGGGGUCCCCCGAUAAGACGGCGCCCGGCGGCGGCGGCGGCGGCGGUGGGGACACGGUUGACCUCUUGAGCGGGUUCGAGCUAGACGGGGCCAGCAACAGCAACGUGAACAAGACCGCCGCUGCUGCGGCAGCAGCGGCCGUGGCGGCUCCGGCGGCUGCGGAUAUUUUCGCCGGCUUCGGGGCUCCUCCUCCUCCGGCUGCCGCCGCCGGCGGUGCAACCGGCGGGGAUUGGGUCGUGGUCGGAGGAGGUGGGGAUGUUCAAGCGCAGGGAGACCCUGGUGCUGCUGCUGGAGUAGCCGGGGGGGGGGCAGCGAACGACGGGCAGGCGGCGUUGAAUAGCAACCCGGCGCUACCACCCGGCGGCGCCGCUACCACCCCCCCCACCGCCGCCCCCACCACCACCGCGGGGCCCCCCUCGGCUGCCGACAAAGCCCAAAGCCUGAUGGCCAACCUCGGGGCGCUGUACGCAGUGGGAGCGCCACCAACGACAGCGAUGAGCAGCAUUGGUGGCAUGUCAGCAGCCGGGCCUAUGGCAGCGGGCAGUAGCGGUCCUACCACUGGGGGGGCGUGGGGCGUGGGGGGGGGGGGCAACCCGGCGGAAGGGGGGGCCAUGGCGGCGUUUGAUGGUGGGCAGGGGGCGGCAGGGCCGCCGGGGGGAUGGGCAGGCUUUGCUGGAGGGAGCGGCAGCGGCAGCGGGAUGCAGGCGCAGGCGUACCAACCGUGA